AUGACUACCGUCAUUGUGUGUUUGUAUAGUCAGCUAUUUGAUACAUCAGAAGAAAUUGCGCGAGUACGUGCUUCACUAUUUCAAAUAAAUGGCGUCAAAAAGGAACCACUCACGCUGCCAGAACCUGAAGGCGCCCCCGUACAGUUAAAUGAGAAAGUCUAUGUCCCAGUGCGAGAACAUCCAGAUUUCAAUUUUGUUGGCAGAAUUUUGGGUCCACGUGGCAUGACAGCUAAGCAAUUGGAACAAGAGACUGGUUGUAAAAUAAUGGUUCGAGGCAAAGGCUCGAUGAGAGAUAAAAAGAAGGAGGAUGCAAAUCGUGGCAAACCUAACUGGGAGCACUUGUCCGAUGAUCUGCAUGUAUUGAUCACUGUGGAGGAUACAGAGAAUCGUGCCAAAGUCAAAUUAGCGCAGGCGGUCGGCGAAGUUCAAAAGCUUCUCGUACCGCAAGCUGAAGGCGAAGAUGAACUUAAAAAACGUCAACUCAUGGAAUUAGCUAUAAUUAAUGGCACUUAUAGGGAUACGUCUGCGAAAAAUGCUAUUCCAGCCUGCGAGGAGGAAUGGCGCCGUGUGAUUGCUGCAUCGGCUGAGAGUCGCCUACUUGCGCCAGCACUACCUGGCUUGGCACAACAGAUACGCGCCCCACAAGCCACCACCCUGGGUGCUCCGUUGAUACUUUCGCAACGCAUGACCGUGCCCACGACAGCGGCGAGCAUACUGUCCGGCCAAGCUGCGCCCGCUGCCUUCGAGAAUCCUGCACAUGGCAUGAUAUUCGCACCAUACGGCGAUUAUGCGAAUUAUGCUGCACUCGCUGGCAAUCCUUUGCUGACGGAAUACGCAGAUCAUAGCGUAGGCGCACUUAAACAGCAGAGACGUUUGGCUAACAGAGAUCAUCCAUAUCAGAGGGCAGCUGCCGCGGUCGGUGUCACAGCUAAGCCAGGCUUCAUUGAGAUACAAUAAAUCAAAAGCAGAUUCGAAUGAUUAUAAAACAAAAGAAGAAGCAUAAAGUUAAAUCAAAAAGUUAAAGUAAAAAAGUGAAAUUUCAAUAACAAUUAUGGUUAAAGUUAAAGUUAAAUAUUGCUUAUCAACACAUGCUCAUGCUACACAUGCUUACAUACUCACUAAAUAUGUAUAGUAUGUACAUAUGUAUGUGUGGAUAUGGCUCCAUUAAUAUCUUUUGUUCAAUUUUCGUAUAGGAAAUUAAAGUAAUCUCGUUUUUUUAUACAUAGAUAUUUUGUUUUUUAAGUUAAAAGUUGCCAAGUAAAUACCUAAGAAAUGGAAAUUUACUUUUUAAUAAGUAACGAACUUUUAUACUUAAAGUAAAAAAAUAAUAGUUGCAUUUCAAAAAAAAAAUAUAUAUAUAUAUAUAUAUAUAUAUAUAUAUAUAAAUAUGAUAAUAGUCAUAGAAAAUAUGUAAAACAAGUUUACGAAAUUGCCUGCGCGAAGCUGUGACCAGAUUGACUGCGUAUAGCCCACGCAAUAAAAACUAUAGCUGGGCUGAAUAAAAAAGAAAACACACUCACUCCACAAUAAUAAAGAAAACGCCUCUGACUUCCGCAAAAAAGCGCAAAAGCUGUGUGAAAUGAAUGAAUUAUUGCGAUUAACUCAAAAUGAAUGAUCCUCCCAGUUUUACAGCUCAACCAGGUUAGUUUGUGUCCUACGUUUUUUCUCCCAUUCCUUUUUUACUCAAACAAUACACUCGACAUUUUUGUUCUUAAUGCGUGGCUGUUAUAGGGCAAUGGGAAAGUUUUUGAGGAAAUUUAAUUAACCAAUCUAUUACAGCAUCAAACAUUUCAAUAUUUGGUGGAAGAGGCAUUGUUACAAAAUUUAAGACAAAAUAUAAGUAAUAAAAAAUAUAUACACGCCUAUGCUGUAAACUGUAGUACGUUCCAUUUUGUUACGGAUCGGGAAAUUGGUAUGCUGUUAUUCGUGUCGCCGUAUUGUUAUUUCGAAAUUCGUAGGCUACUUUCGUAAUUCGUUAUGUUGGUAGGCUAUCAAUUUGAAGUAUUUUGCGGAAUAGCAAGUGGUGUUGUAGCUGACCGAGUUUUACAAAAAUAAGAAUGAAAUGACGUAUAUAAGCGUACGAAUAAUUUCAAUUAUGCACUUUAAAUAUUGCAUAGUCUUUUGCAAUAACAUGUGGAUACCUUCAGCGAAGAACCGUAAAACUGCCACCAAUCUGCAUAGAAUAUUUGCCGAAGGUUUUAAAAUUCUGUAGCCAAAGCUCUUACUCCAUAAAACUUAAAGCGCUUAGAAUACGUAUUUAUUGUGGUGAAAAUUUAUCACAAAUCUUUAAAUAUAUAAACCGUUAUACAUUAAUACAUAUAUCUCAGUUUCUGUUUCUACCAAUCGAGUUAGAAUCAUUUAAGUAUGAAAAAGAAUUAUUAGCAUUAUGUGAUCAUGUUUGAUUUGUUGAAAUUGAUUUUGUUUGUUAAUUUUUACGAGCAAGCAAAUUGUAAGCAAAUAAGUACACAGUGAAAACAGCCCUUAGUUGUCUUUAAAUCGCCUUAUCCACCAAAUUUAAAAGUUUUUGUUUAAAACUUUAUCCGAAGUUCUUUUGAUUUUCACUUUGCAAACCCGUUACUAUUUUCUUUUAGAUUUUUUUUUCGUUUUAAGCAAAUAAGAAUAAUAGCUUGCAAAGCUCUCCCAUUGCCCUUUCUGCGCCCCAAGGCUUUUAUACAUAUGCAAUACAAUUUUUAUUUAGUUAUAAAAAAAAGUGUUGCCAUACAUAUUUCUUCAGAGUUGUGUUUUUGAUUUACGUGCAUACAUACUUAAAUAUCUACAUGCCCACACUGAUAUGUCAAUUUUUGUUUUCGAAAAUUUAGCAAGUUUUCACGCAGAUUAUUAGAUGUAAUGAAAGAUAGCAAAAAUGGUUAAGAUGAUUUAUUCGUUCCAAAAUAAAUUAUCUUACCACCUAGUCGGUAAAAUCAACCAACACCUACAUAAAAAUGGUUAAAUUGUUUGUAUGUUGACUUGUGCCUUUGUGACGUGUCGAGAUAUUUUCGCCUUACAUAUUGAUUAGAACGUACGGUAAGAGCUAUGUUAGGUGGGAAAUAUGCAUAUUGAUAUAUAUGAACGUGCGCAUAUGUAUAUCGACGUUGAUUGGGCCAUACAACUUAUUUUCUUAAAACAAUAUUUGUAAAGGUCCGUUAUUAGGCAUAGACAUGGCCAAUUCUCUAGUUUGUACCUAAAAUUUGUUUUCAUAUUCUACAUACAUAUAUAUUUUUUACACGGUUUUUAAUUUGCAUUCUAGUACGCUGUACGUGCAAAAAAAUCUAGCUUGUAAGUGAUUUUAUAUUUAAUUGUAAUCGUAUGAAAGUAUUGAAAUUAAAAUUACCUGGAAAAAAAAACAACAUAAAUAUAAAAUCUAUGCAAUGUUCUUUGCAAAAAAAAACCUCGAAGCAACGCCUUUUCAAGCACAAAUGCAAACGUUUGUAAAAAGUAUAACUUUUAUAUUUACGUAUAUUAUAUGUAUUUUGCUGCGAGUCGAAAGUUAUCGUGAACACACCGUUUAUUUAUUAGUGUACGUUCUUAAGUUUCUUGUUUGUUUAUUUUCUUUAGUUUUUCAAUACAAUGUGUAAAGCUGAAAAACAUGUUAAAUGUAAAUUAUGUUUAUACGUUUAAAAAUGAUAUAUUUUAAUCGCAAAUUUUGUACACAAUUUUCAAAUGCAUAAAACAAACAAAUAAAAAUGUAUAAUUUAGUUGAAUUGCAAAACAAAAAAGACAAGUUUUUUUACUCAAAACAAAAAAAAAGAUUUCGAAUAGAAUGACCAUUAAUAAAACAUUUGCAUUAAACUUUUACUAAAAAGCGUACAUACUGAGAGUGAUUAUCUAUGUAUAUAACAACAAAAAUAAACCGAAAAUCAACUACAAGCAUUGACCACUAAUAACUAAUUGUCAUUAAUAUUUAAUCUUAGAUUUUAAACACCGAAUUAGCCUAGCAUUAACUCUUCUCACAUUAACAUUGUAACAGUUUUCAAAAUCUAUGUUUGUAUUUAAUUAGCAAGUAGGCCCACUUAGUUUACAGACUUACUAAACCGUUGGCUAAACUCCCAGCACUUCUAACAGCCUCUCUCAGUGUAAUACUUAUUUUGCGUCGUCACGAUACAUUUCUCCGAGUGAAAAACGCGCUGCCCGCCAAGGAAGCGGUAUGCUCUGGUUAUUUUAACAUCACUUAAAUUUGGAUUCUCUCGUAGAAGGAUGAGCUCGUUGCAUAGGGCGUGUGGUGCACCGCCCACGCACACUUUCACAAGCGCCGAUUUGUAUUGAAAACGCACCGAUUUUUUCUCUCUUCACUAUACUCACCCAUUAACCUGUCGAAUGAAAGCAUCAAUGAUAAGCCGAUUUACAUACUACAUAUAAAUUAUUACUUAAUCAACAGAUUUCAUGUCUAAUGUUUAGCGUUAAGUUCGAAUAAUAACACACACAUUCAAAUAUUGCUUUAAAUAUUUAGUUAAAUGAAUUCCUGGCUACUCUGCCAAAUCUAUGUGGUUGCGGUUUAUAUCAUAGUAGUAUCUGUAUAAAAUCCUUAUGUUGGCGAUGACUAAUACUAAGUGCGUUGAAAGGCUUAUAAAAUUAGUGUCUAUAGCGUAAAUACAUACAUACAUGCAGAAGUAUUUUAUUUUAUUUUUUUUUAGUAAAUAUACAUAUGGACAUAUGUAUAGACUUAAAAGUGUGCUGCGUAAUGUCUGGUAUAAACUUAAUACUUACGUAUAUUCUUGAUUUCAUGCUUAUGUAUGUAUUUACUGUAAUUACAUAAAUAAUUAUGUUUGCUUGAAUUCUAUAAGGUUUUAAGACCACAUACAUACAUUCAUAUGUAUGCACCUACAAAACGUACGCACUCAUUCAUCGUAAUUGCACACGAAGGCAUAAAGUCAAUUAAAGUUUAACUCAAGUCAACCAAAUCAUAACAACUCAUCGGCUUUGCAUCACACACAAAUUGGAUGCAUACAUACAUACAUACAUACAUACAUACUUAAUUGUUUUAGUAUACUUUCUUGCAAUAAAAGUUGUAUAACUACAUACAGUAGAGCUCUUGUUGAAAAUCGACUAUCUGACUAUGCAGUUAGUCGAUUAGCAGCUUUUUUUCGAAAAGCAAUUAUUCGAUCAACUGUUCGAAUUCGUGUCUGAAAAUCAACUAACCGAAAUUAUUCGAAUAGCGACAGUCUUUUCACCAUAAAAUCAAUAUUAUUAGCGCGGUUGGGUUUGGUCAAUAAGCAUAAGUAAAACUUUUGCUAUUCGACUAACCGAUUAUGUCAACUAACAAGGGCUCUAGUAUACAGUCUAACGCAAAAGAAAAAUACAUUCACAGCCACGAAACAAGCUACAUUUAACUAAAAGAUGUUAGGAAGUUACACUCAGGAAUCUGAUGAUUUUUUCUUAAUUGUAAUUAAUUUUUUUUACGAUUUUCUGCAAUUAGAUUAGAAUAUUGUCUUAAAAUGUAAUCAAGUUGACAAUGUAAUCAUCUGCCAAGGUCGAGAGGCCAACAUUUUUAUAAAAUAGUUUUUUAAGCAGACUUUAUAAAAUAUCAUACAUAUGUAUACGGAUAUGUUCUAGCUUUCCUAAACUUUUUGAAAUCGAUGUCGAGCAAAUUUGUAUUCCCUUGCAUUCAGUGUUCUAUAAAAUUUGCUGCAUUUUCGAAAAAAGGAACAACUGACCAUAUUUAAUUUUCGAAAAUUUAAUCAACAUAGAAAAACUGAGCAAGCCCGGUAAACAAUUACCGGACAGAAUUCCGCUACAGCUUGUUCGUCUUCUACAAGCAGCAUACAGUAGCACCAACUAUUGCUAUAUUUAUUUGCUAUAUCCUGUAUCCACUGAACUAUUUCUGCAAAAUUUGAUCCCAUAAUUGGCUCGUAAAUUCAAGCCUUUUGUACUUUGCGACAGAAUUUAGCCUCAAUAUAAAUUCCUUAAUAGCUUUUGAGGGAGCACGUUCACAUUUUAGGGUAUUUGGUGUUUGCUAGAAGUGCGAUAAUUUGUCACCUUCUAAUAGGACGUCAGGGGACAAAUCGCUUUACAUUGAAUGUUGAGAUCAAGAGUAUGUAAUCUAAGUGAAGCCUGGGAAUAAAAAAUAAAUCUGAUUGUAAAUAAAAAUUGGCUGCAUAAACACCAUUUCAUGAAUUCAAUUAUACACAUAAGUUAACCAUGAAUUCGGCAUCAUUUCAUGAAAUCGCGAUGUGAAACAGUUGUUUACUAGGGUUAUGAUGUUUUUAGAUUAAAAAGCAUGAGUGGCAUAAUCUCGUUUUAAAAUACUGGAAAAGUUACGUGGAUUUUGUCAAAUAUAAAAUAGAUUCAGAUAGAAUAAACUGAAAGCGAUUUAAAACCAAUUUAAGUAUAAUAUGGUUCUAUGCCUGGUACCAAAGGCUUUUGCAAAUUCAAACGGAGGCCAAAAAAGUCACAACCUCGCUUUGUUUCUCGCUAGGGCGUUGCCAAUUAUAAACGGACAAUUUUUGAAUUCAUGAAAUAGAGAAUACAUGAAUUCUGUCGCAUAAACGUAGUAAUAAUUUAUAUUUAAAAGCAUAGUUGAUUAAUAUUCAAUUCACAAAGAAAAAACACAAAGAGAAAAAUAAAAAAAAUAAAAAUAAAUACAAAAUCUAAAUCGGUGAGUUCGGGAACCGUACAGGACCAAAAUAAGAAAAUCAAUUUCUUGUUGUUGAGAUGAAAAACAGUACAAGUCAUGAACAUGCUAGAUUUUUCUCUCAUGGCGACGUCCUAGAUACUUAGCCGCAAUGGUAGCACAGCUGAUUGCACCUUUGAAAAAGUACUAUUAAAUAGGGUCAAAAGGAGACUAUUAUGAUAAAUUAAACCGCUUUUUCCUUCAAAAAGUCACUGACUUAAUAAACUGACCUCGUAUGUACAUACAUAUGAAAAUCUUUUACUAAUUCCACUUAAAAUAGAACCGUUUCAGUUCUGAUUUUUCUUAAGAAAUGCUGUACACAUACAUCUUUUCAAACGUUAACUCCCUUUUCUAACGAAUGAAGUCUCUGUUGAUAAAAGAAUAAAAUUAGUUGUUGGAAAUUGUAAUUACUAAUAUAGUGCUAAAAUUAAUUAUGUACAUAUAUACUUCUCUACAUAUAUAAAUUAUGCUACGUUUUUGUUUUUUUUUUUAUAAAACUAUGUUGCGAUUAAGUAAAAGAAUAAGUCAUUUCAGGUUUUUUGCUAGAGUUCCAUUUGUAUAAACUUUUCAUAACAGUCAUGUUUUUCCCACCUCAAUUUCGGCACUUUGUAUGUAUGUAUGUCUGGCACUUUUUUCGAUUACAUGUCAACCAAUACCUCUUGUUUUAAAACAAUAAAUCGAAUUAUUUUAUUUAUUUUUUGCUAUCAAACACCAUUGGAUGUUCCAUUUUGACUGGCAAACUAUGUAUGUAGAAAAAUGUUACUCAUACGCAGGGGCGCUGGCACAAAAGGAACUAUGUGCGCUCAUUAGAACUAAAAAGCAAAACCGAGUACAAAUAAAAAUAUCUCAUUACUACUUAUAUACUAUACUAUAAAUAUUAUAUGUAAUUAUUAUUGCUAAACCAAAAAAAAAGAUAAAUUAACUAACCAAAGGCCAAGUUAACUAAAACAAUUUAAACUUUCAUGUUUUGUAAAUUACUAUUAAUUUUCUUUGUAUCUACUCUGGAAUGAGUAAAAUAUCUGCUAUAGUAAAUUAAUCAAAUAAAAACCCAGAAACGAAAUAUUUAUUUACUUUUAAAAUCAUACGUCUCAAUAACCAAUUUUCCACAUGCUGUGCACCGAAAAGCAAAAGGAAAUAUAAUUACUUUCUUAAUUAAUCCAAAACUAUACAUAUACAUGCAUUCAUAUUUAAAAGCCAAAAACACUAAUCGAAGAAAUAUGAAUGUUAGAAUUUAUUAAUAUAAUUUUCAUUUUGUAUUUAUUACUCAUCACAACAUUUUCACAGACUGCGAAUUGUAAUUACUUAAUGUUAAAUUGUCAUGCUCAUGCAAAAGAGGUGUGUGCUGGCCUUUCAUCUCUGUAUCAUUUCACAUUUGUAUUCAUUUAUGUAUGUAUGUGCCUGUCAACACUGCACAAAAUUGGGGUCUUUUCGUAACGAAUUGACCAAAUGCAAAUUAUUUUUUCACAGAUACAUACAUACAUACUGUGGUGAUAAGUUUCAAAGCAAUGUGAACUAAUUGUUAUGCGGCGAUAAGGCACUAAAUAGUUACAGUUCAUUUACACAAACAUAAAUACACAUCAACAACGAAAAAUCCACACAGUAUUAAUACACAUGACCAAUACUCUUAUUUAAAAAAAUAAAAGCAUUGCCAAGUGCAUUCAAGUGCGUUCGAGUUUAUACAUAAAAAUUAAUGCCUAAGAAAACGAAACAAAUUUAAACUAUAAACAGUUACAGAUAUCUACACUAUUGUAAAAAAGGUAACAUUGAAAUCAGACAAAACACAUACAAACUGCAAACGAUUAUACUAUGUAUGGCUGGUUGUAAAUUUAAAAUUUAUAACAAUCAGCCGUAUUAUUCUUGGUAUAUAAGAAAUAAUAAAACUUUAGCACUUGGCCCGAAUAAGCACACAUACAUAUGUAUGUACAUAGGUCAACCCAACAAUUUUAUAUGAAACUGUAUCCUCUGCGUAAUCACCGUUGCUAGUUAGCGUUAUUAUGCUUAUGAGGUAAUUUUAAGCUGGAAACGCCAUACACCACGGUAAGCGCUUUAUUAAAUUACCAUAGCAUUAAAGUGGCUGGUGUGAAAUGCAAAUAAAUUUGCAUUAUCACAACUAGCUGUGAUUUUGCCUAGGUAGUCACACAAAAAAACCAUGCAAUCAGUAAAUUGUGAGGGCAAUAACCUUUUAUUCUACUUGUAAUAAGGGAGAGAAAACAUAAAUUUAGCACCAUUCGGUAUGGCCGGCUAUUUAGACUGCAAAGUGAUAUGAGUGAGCAUUCGUUUUCCUUACCCUAGAUUUUCUAACCCACAUAAGGACAUAUGCAUAUGCAUUUGCCUAUAUCAUAUGAUGCCAUAUUCAUGGUAUUAAUAGGCAAGGAGGAGUCUCGUCCCUGAGCCGUUUCCAAAUGUAAUCUACUUCCCGCCAUGUUAAUAUAUAUAUUUUUCCUACAAAAAUGCGACUUGUCCGGGUUGAUUGCGGGAUCUAUUCGCUAAGAAGUUUCAUUUAGUUCCAGUUGAGAUUCGAAGAAUCACUUAAAUGUACAUAUGUAACUAUGCGUUAGAGAAAUAUAUUUAGCUAACUUUCUUCUGAGUGUUGUUGCAUUUGAUCGCAGAGCUCCACGCGUUUUGUAGUUACUAUUCUACACAACUACAAUGAGUCGUACGCUUUUAAGUUAAUUCCUGACGAUUGGAUUUAAGAGUUUGUUUGUCAAAAUAGCUCAUAGAGAAAUCUCAAAUUUAACUGAUAUGUAGUACUAAUAAUUAGAGAAUUAGACUUGUGAACGCCUUGAAUGCAUUUUGUUUGCUCUGAGUACUUAAAGAAAAAAAAUACCUAAAAAACACUACAGGGCAUAUUUACAGUCGAAACAAAGUCGACUCUAAAGUUAGUUCCAGCUUUUUUGACAGAUAUUCUAUUGAAACUUAUGUCAAAAAGCUGUCACUAACUUUAGAGUCGACUUUAUUUUGACUUUGAAUAUGCCCCUAUGCGUGUGUCCACAUCACAAACACAUCGACACUCAUACAAACAAGAAUAAUACUAAAUAUAAAUUCAUGUAGAAAAAUCAAAAUGAAUUAAAAUUUAACUAUAUACAUGCAUACGUACUACUUAUGUACUCUUUGAAUAUUUUUUACUAACCAUAACCACUAAAUAUUCUUCUUGUUUUUCUCUUCUACUUUUUUAUUUACAUGCUAACCCAUCCGGUGCCAUGGUAGACGAAAAUAACCCAUUUAGACGCGAUUGAAUGCAAUUUAAUGAUUAACCCGAUGCUACCGCACACCUUCACACCUACUACCAUAUAUAAUUUAAAUAACAAAUGAAAAGAUUGAAAUGCGUUGUAUACCGUUUCUGACGACAUUUAAAAGCAUAAAAAUGUUUGCUAUCCCAUGCAAGCCAUAUAAUCAUGAUCAAGAAAUGCUAUAACAUUUUAAUAUAAUUAUUGAACCAUUGAUAGUGAACCAAUCAUGCCAUAUAACUAAAUAAUAAAUUAAAAAAAAAAA